AUGCCUUCUUCGUCUCGAGAGCGGGACGAGACCGAGCCUUUUCUGGCUGCCGACUGGCUCGAGAGCCCCAUUCAACUCGAAGAGGCCACCGGCGAGCCUCGUCGCAACACCUUCACGGCCAGAUCCUACGAUAAGAGCGCCACCAGAUCGCGGUCGCCCUUAGCUGCGGCCACGGCGCCAAUAGGAUUCUUGGGCUGCUGUGCGGCUCGCUUCUUCCGUCGCAAAAUUCGAUGCACCAUUCCUCGUCAGCUCAUACUCCUUUUCAAGCUCUACAUUCUCAGCUUCACAAUCAUAGCCUUCUCCGUCCUCGUCAUCUUCCCUUCACACACAAAUCCUCCGCCUCAGUAUAUAAAACUCGAACAAAGAUGCGCCGGCCCCUACCCGAAAGCUGGCUGCGCCAAUCCGCACAAGGAGCAAAUAUUCAUUGUGGCCUCCAUGUACGACAAAUAUGGCCAGUUGCUGGGCGGGCAAUGGGGCCAGCAAAUGCUCGACCUCAUUCAUCUUGUCGGUCCUGAAAAUGCUUUUGUUUCCAUCUACGAGAAUGAUAAUGCGCCGGCCGGUACGGCUGCUCUCCACAACUUCCGCCAACGACUACCUUGCAGGAACGAGCUUGCUCAUGAGGAGCACCUGGAUCUCUCACAGUUUCCCAACGUCACCAUGCCCGACGGAUCUGAGCGAAUGAAGCGACUGGCUUAUCUCACCGAGUUGCGCAAUCGAGCCAUGUGGCCCCUCGACCGCUUCAACGAGUCUAUUGGCGCAUUCGACAAGGUUCUGUACCUCAAUGAUGUCUACUAUCGCCCCGUUGAUGCUGCUCACCUACUCUUUUCCACCAAUGCCGAUGACACCGGCCGCACCCAUUACCUGUCCGCAUGCGCCAUGGAUUACGAUUCGCCAGGCAUCUUUUAUGACUCCUACGCUGCGCGCGAUGCCCAGGGCUAUGGCGUCGGCUCUCAAGAGUACCCAGUCUUCACUACAGCCGGUGACGCCAUCUCCCGCCGUGACAUGCUAGGCGAAACCGACGCCGUCCGCGUCAGUACUUGCUGGUCUGGCAUGGUCGCGAUGCAGGCAAGAUGGGUACAAAACACCAAGUCCACGUCGCUGCCUACGCCCAACUUUCAAGACGUCGCAGCUCAUGUCAUCGAUCCUGAUUCGCCAAAGCCUGUUGAGCUGCCAAUCCGAUUUCGGUAUGAGCCGGAAAUAUUUGCCGACUCGUGCGAAUGCUGUCUUUUCCUUGCCGACGUUACAACCGUUGCCCUCAAUGCUGGUGCUAUCGACACAGACACCUUUCUCAACCCAUAUGUGCGCGUCACUUACAAGCCCAAUCUGCUAUCGUGGAUUCUGUUAAGCAAACGCUGGGAGCGCAUUUGGAUCCCGAUUCAGCUGCUCGGCACAUGGCUCAAGGGCCGUCCAGAGUUUAACCCCCAUCGCACAGUGCGGGAGGGCGAGCCUUUUCUUGAGGAGAUAUGGGUGGCCAAUCACUCACUCUCAGCUGGUGGCAGCUGGGAAAUGAAGGAGCGUACGGGUCGCAACGGUAUGAUGUGCUGGGGGCGUAUGAUGCACCUGAUGAAGCAGGAUGACAAGCGUGAGGGUGACAGAAAUUGGGAACGUGCUAGAAUACCAGGCGGUCAUGUACAGUGA